GACAUGACGUGCGGACUGCGGAGUAGAUCUACAGUGCGCUCCCCGUGACUGUGACUGCGUCGAGAUUGAAAACAACACGACACUGUUCACUGUUUAGUGUUUGCAGCUGCACUACUGACUCUAGCUCUGUUGUCGACUCGAAGCCCAGAAAUUGAAAGAAUUUGUUCUCAGUGGUCUAGUGAAGAACGUGUUGUUACGGAUAGAUCCAGUGCUGUGGGCUCGUUAGCUGAAAGGAAUAUUCAACACGUUUGGAGAUGGCGUUUCUUGCGUUUGGCUCGUCCACCUCUCCGCUCCAGCUGUUGUCGGUGAUUUUUGUUGCGAUGCUGAUAGUUUUCAUUCCCAACGCCCGUGCAGCCAGCAUCCCCGUCGUCGCGCACGGAAAUGACACCUGUAUGACAAGAUGGCUGACUGCCGCUACAGCAGGCAGUGUUUCAUCUGGAGCAGACCUUCAGCGAUUUGAGAGGCUAAUAAAGAUACUCCAACCACCUGUUGACGAGGACACUGUUCACGAAACGAACCCGGAACUCCUGGCAGUAGUUCUCGGUGGAAAUGAGCAGGCUGUGAAUUUCCUCUAUCGCUGCAUGGGUAACCAUGACGAUACAGAGUGUCUGCGACAAUCACCAUGCCAGCAUCUUGGUCGGUGUGUGUACAGUAGGGAACCUGGUUCAUCAGGAUCACCAUACCCAGGGUACAGAUGUGUGUGCUCUAGUGGUGUCAGUGGACGGUUUUGUCAGUAUGCGUUACCUAGCUGUUCAUCAUCACCGUGUAAGAAUGGUGGUACUUGUCAGGAGACAAGUGAAGGAUACACAUGCCAAUGUCCCACACUCUACACAGGACGACAUUGUCAAAACGUAAAAUGGUUGUCCAAACACAUCCUGGCAAACGUGACGUCAUCGUUGUCCAAACUUACCACCAUCACGAACGGCCUGCUGACGAGCACAGCAGAUGCUGUGAGGAAGUCGUCCGACGCAGUCGCUGCUUUUCUUUCCCGUCUCCAAGUCACCGUCAAUCGAAACCUCGAUCAGAGAUUGGAAGCAAUGCAGCGAAAGUUGCAAAACCAUACCACAUUUGUCCAGGAGUCGGAAAUGAAGAUGGCCAAGAUGCAGGCAGCCUUGGACCGUAUAGACACAACCCAACAGUUCUACAUAGAAACUCCACCGGAUACAGCGACUAUCUGCCUUGCGCGAGUAGCAACCGACGUUUAG